AUCCCACAUUAUGAAAAUGAAAGUCGAAUUAACCUUUCGUAUUUGUAUUGACUAUUAAACCCUUCGGCCUCUGUUAUAUAAGCUAAGAUUCUAUCUCACCACAAUCAAGAAAAAACAUAGAAGAAAGAGACGCAAAAGAAAGAUGUUUCAGUUUUACUUUCUCCUGAUGAUUGUCAUCUUCCCAUUACUUUACCUAGCAUACAAUUUUAGUUCUAAAAGGCAACGUUACAACAUUCCACCUGGUCCUCCGGGUCUCCCUGUUGUCGGACAUCUCUAUCUCAUAACAAAACCACUCCUCCACCGUUUCUUUCAUGGCUACACCAAAAAGUACGGUCCCAUAUUCACCCUACGCUUCGGCUAUCGUCGUGUCGUCGUUAUAUCGUCUUACCCUCUAGUUAAGGAAUGUUUCAGCGGCUCAAACGAUAUAAUUUUGUCAAACCGGCCUCUUUCCAUGACUAACAAAUACAUUGCUUACAAUCACACCACCAUCGGAACCUCCCCCUACAACGAACAUUGGAGAAACCUCCGGCGCAUCAGCUCCGUGGAGAUCCUCUCCUCUCACCGCCUCGCAAGCUUCCUAGAUAUCAGGAGAGACGAGCUCCGUCGGAUGCUCAAAAGACUCGCACGUGACCACACCACCAACGGUAAACUCGAUUCUUUCAAGAAGGUUGAACUCGAACCACCCUUGUCGGAUUUAGCACUCAACAAUAUCGUGAGGAUGGUGACGGGGAAAAGAUACUACGGCGAUGAUGUUCAGGACAAGGAAGAGGCGGAGAUAUUCAAGAAUCUCAUCAUAGAUAUUUUCGAAAACAGCGCUGCUAAUAACCCUAGCAAUUAUUUGCCCUUCUUGAGAUUCUUGGGGAGCAAGUACGAGAAGCAGGUGAAACGUAUCGGCAAAUCAGUAGACAAGACUUUGCAGCGUCUCCUCGACGAGUGUCGGAAAGACAGGGAAGGAAAUAGUAUGAUUAAUCACUUGAUGUCUUUGCAGGAUCAAGACCCUGAGUAUUACAACGACGUAACCAUUAAAGGGUUAAUGAUGGCUAUGAUAAUCCCUGGAUCAGAUACUACUUCAGUUACGAUCGGAUGGGUUAUGGCAAACUUGUUGAACCAUCGGAACGUGUUGAACAAAGCAAGGGCGGAGAUAGAUGAAAAGAUCGGACAAGACCGUGUCAUUGACGAAGAAGACAUCUCCGACCUCCCUUACCUUCAAAAUAUUGUGUCUGAGACAUUCCGGUUAAACCCGGUGUCUCCGGUCUUGCUCGGUAGGGAAGCUUCCAAGGACAUUAAAGCCGGUGGAUAUGACAUACCAGGUGGCACAACAGUCUUGGUCAACGCAUGGGCCAUACACAGAGACCCGGAGCUCUGGCACAAUCCAGAAGAGUUUUAUCCUGAAAGAUUUAAUGGGAACAAAAUCAAAAUUGAUGGAUCCGUUGACAGUGUUCAAACUCUGAUGCCGUUUGGGAACGGUCGGAGAUUGUGUCCUGGGGCUGGACUCGGGCUGAAGACUGUGAUGUGGACAGUAGGAGCAAUGGUCCAAUGCUUCGAUUGGGAGACUGUGAAUGGUGAAAAGGUGGAUAUGGAGGAAUCUCGUGGGAUUGUGAUGCGAAAUCUUAAGCCAAUACGAGCUAUGAUCCGACCUCGACCAAUUAUUUCUAAACUUGUUGUUGAGGCAACUUCUUAAAUCAGAGUUUGACGGCAGUUCUAUCAUCUAUGCGACGAUAAACCAAUUGCCAACAAAUAAUAAUGUGAAGUUCUAACCAAAGUUGAUGAUUUCGCCAAAGCAAAGUAAAAAAAAAAAAAAAAAAAAAAAUUUUUUUUAGACAGUAGUACUUACNACUAAAUAUGAUAUCAAACCAAAUAUCUUAUGUUCCAAUAAAUAACGGGUUUUAGUUUAUUUUGUAACAUUCAUGUAUAAUGUAAGAUCCAUGUGCUACAAAUUCCUUUUUUCCUAACACGUGUA